AUGCCAAUUUUGAGGGUGCGUCCUAGACCCCGCGUGUCACUGACAGGCGAUGAUGUCACAAGCCUCCGAGCUGUGGUGCGUCGCAACGUGAUAAAGACCGUCUGCCGCGUGGGACUCUGGUCACUUUUCACAGCUCUUGGAGCAUAUUGGUUCUUCCCAACGCUGCAGCGACUUUGGUGGGUGCUACUCACCGGAUCCACCGAGAUGGGGGCGUUGAGUGAUGUGACGCAGGGGUAUGUUGGAAACGUCCUUGCGCUGAUGAGCGUGCUGUUUUCCAUCCUAGCAGGGAACUCCUACACUUCGCUCUACAGUCAGAAUGAGGCGAUUUUCUGCGCCCUCUUCGCAGAAGUUUCAGAGGCAAAGGCUUUGAUGGAGCAGAUUGCUUUGGUGUGUUCAGGAAGGCCAUUCUAUCGGUCUGCACUGGAGAACAUCCGCCGCUAUGUAGAGUCUGACCUGCGCCGUUUGGAGCGGCCACCUUCCAUCCUUUGUGCUUGCAAGCCGCGUGACGAUCCCCUUGAAAGCAUCCUGUAUUUGACCAGCGUCGGCGUGCCGUCAGCAGUGUACGAGACUGUGCGAAGCCUUCGGCAGCGUCGGGGCGACCGUCUUGGGGCUGUGCAAAGGAAGCUGCCCCCGGUUCAGAUGGCUCUCCUUUAUGUUCUGGCAGGCUUGAAUCUUGUCAGCUUGCUGCUGUUGGCAUUGGGGAAAUCAACGGAUGCGGAGUACCGUCUUUGUCGCGCGCUGUUUGCAAUGAUGGCGGGCGGGUUAAUGAUGACUAUGAGAGUGAUUCACGAGCUGUGGACUCCUGCUGGGGGCGCCUACAAUGUUGACGGUGUGUUGAGAGUCAUGAUCCGCGGACUCGAGGAUGAAUUGGACCAGCGCUUGAAGGGAAAGACCUUCUCUGACACUCGCCUGCCGCCACCCCCGCCCAGUUUCCAACGCCCUACGACGGCAGAUGCCGCGACGACGGCAGCUCGAAGGUCGUAA